ACAGGUGUUGGUAGCGUGGGUGCUACUGCUACAAUUGGAGGUUCCUCUGGGAUCCAAGAAAGAAGGGAUGUCACUGAUGGACACCCAAAAGUAAGGCUGGCCAGCAUUUUAAAGAAAAGAGAAGGGCCAGGGCCUUCAGGACUGCUGAUAAGACUCCUUGUUGGUAUCCUGGGACCAUUUGAAGAUGCUGCCCUGGCUUCUUAUUUUCUCUGCUCUGGAUCUCCUGGUGUACGGCAGCCUUACCAUAGUUUCCCGACAGGAGUGGGGAGCAAGUUCACUCACCUGCAGAGUCCCACUGAGCCUGCCUGUGGCCUACCUCAUCACAGAGCAGCUUACCAGGAUGGAGUGCCAAGAUAAGACUACCUGUAGCCAGAUGGUGCGGGUCCUACAGUCCCAUUCUGUCCACAACAAAGGCUGGUGUGAUGUGGCCUUCAACUUCCUGGUUGGUGAUGAUGGCAAUGUGUAUGAAGGUGUCGGUUGGCAUGUCCAAGGCUUGCAUGCUCAAGGGUACAGUAAUGUCUCCCUAAGCAUUGCCUUUUUUGGCAGUAAAAUAGGCAGCAGCCCCAGUCCUGCUGCUUUAUCAGCUGCAGAGGACCUGAUCUCCCGUGCCAUCCAGGAUGAGUACCUGUCACCUAGGUACAUCCAGCCACUUCUCUUAAGAGAAGAGACCUGCUUGGUUCCUCAACAUUCAGAGAUGCCCAAGAAAGCAUGCCCCAGUAUCACUCCACGGUCUGCCUGGGAAGCCAGAGAGACACACUGCCCUCAAAUGAACCUCCCAGCCAAAUUUGUCAUCAUCAUCCACACUGCUGGAAGAAGCUGCAAUGAGUCUGUGGACUGCUUGGUUCGUGUCAGAGACACACAGUCUUUUCACAUAGACAAUCAAGAUUUCUGUGACAUUGCAUAUCACUUUCUAGUGGGCCAGGAUGGUGGAAUAUAUGAAGGAGUUGGCUGGAAUAUCGAAGGUUCUCACACCUAUGGAUACAAUGACAUUGCGCUAGGAAUUGCCUUCAUGGGAAACUUUGUAGAAAAGCCUCCAAAUAAAGCCGCUCUGGAAGCAGCUCAGGACCUGAUCCAGUGUGCCGUGGCCAAGGGGUACCUGACCCCCAACUACCUGCUAAUGGGCCACAGUGAUGUGUCCAACAUCCUGUCCCCUGGACAGGCAUUGUAUGACAUCAUCAAGACAUGGCCUCACUUCAAGCACUGAGGGAGGCCCCAGUCCGAUCUGAGGAUGCUCUUCCUCCUGCUAGGUGUCUGUCCUUACCUCCCACCUUGGCUCAGCACCUCUGGCCCGCUCUCUUCACUGCUUCAUCUAGUUCCCUUUUCUUGUGUUGCACUUACAGCAUCCUCUCUUAUUGACAUUCUCCAGUGUCUUCCAAGCUGUGCACUUACCAUCCUCAGGGGCUGGGUGCCACUUCCUCUUUCUACUUUCCUCUCCCAAGAACACUCACCUGCACAGCCAGAUGAAGCUCUCUUUCCCUUGUUACCUGUCUCUUGCCUUGAAUGCAGUCACCCAUGAUCUGUCUGGCAGCUCCAAUGCUCAUCCAUAGCCCCAGCCCUCCUUGUUCACAUUUGAAUAUUCCCCAUAUUUAAGGGCUGAGAUUCCCUUCAGACAUGUCUAUUCUCUUCUGGGUUAUCAGAUUUUCCAGGACAGCAGCUGACAUGUCUUUGUUACUACAUAUCCUGUGUCAGCUCCUGAGCUGAGCCUGACACAUUGCAUGAUACAGAUGUUUGCUGAAAAAGACACUGGAUGAAAGAGCUGAUCCCAGUCCCAUUCACAACUACCUACUUUGUUCAUCACUGCUCUGUGGGAAGCCCUGCUGGACAGGUCCAGUAGUCUACCCUGAUCCCUCCAGGAGGCACAAGCUGACAGCAGAGACUUGUCUGUAAUGGAUUCUAUGUCUCCAGUCUUCUGAGCCUUGUCCACAAACCACUCUGAAGACCAGCCAAGCAGAGCUGCGUUCAUGGGUGCUGUCCAGUGUCUGUAGUCUGCCUGUGCCUAUCUGGGCCCUACUGAGCUGAGAGUGGGCCCAGAGCCUUUGUAUUCUGUAACACCCCUGCCAGCUCCUCCUUCCUAGAGGGAAGUGCCCUUCAUCAUUGUAGCUGAGACAGCCCCCACUCCCACCACUGUUCGAAAGAUGCACCCAAGCUGGUCCUUGCUUUAUUAGAUAUGGAGAAAAUGAUGCUUAAGCAUACAUUCUCCAUCUGUUUAUAACUCCUUUGGUGCUCAGAUUAGGUUUUUGCUUUUAGAGUGUUUUCACAUCUCUUGCAACAUGGUGAGCCUUUACAACCUCACAUUUACUCUGUUUUUUGCUUUUCACAGACCUUCAGAUAUCAUUAAGUUGACUCUGUUCAUUUGUCAUUUUUCCUAAGGCAUCCUGGGCAUGUAAUCAGGAGAAGGAAGGAAUGAUUUGUCUAGUGGUUCAGGCUUAAAGGGACAUACCAGCCAUUCCUGAUUUACACAGCAGGGGUAGAAUGCAAGCCUCGCAGGCCUUUCUGUCAGAGUCAGUGCAGACCUUUCUGUAUGGAUAGAGGCUGGGGACAGACUUCUCAGCAAGGAUGAAUUUAAUACCUCCCACACAGGGAGUAGUCAUAGGGGUAGUCAUGAGAUGCUAAGAAAUAGCCUCACCCAAAUCCACCUGUCAGUCACAGUUGUGUUGAACCUCUCGACAUUAACAUAUUAGAAACCCAGUCCCUGAUAGGCAAUAGUGUUGAGAGAUGGACUUUUUUAGAGGUAAUCAAUCAAUGCAUUAAUGUUGUUACUGUAAAAGUGGGUUUGUUAUAAAAAUGAGUGUGCCCCAACCCCCUACUCUCUUGUGCUUUCCCACUCUGCCAGGGGAUGAUGUGACAAUAAGGCCUUGGCCAGAUG